AAAGAGUAAGCAAAAAAAAUCGAAGGGAAGAGUAGUUUUGCAAACGGUGAAGAAAGUGCAUUUAAUCAUUAAACUCGGAAAUAAAGCGUUAAAAAAGAAACAAUAAGUCGUUGUUUAUUAACUGCAUAUAAUUAAAUAAAAAAUAUAAUAAUACAUAAACAUGCCCAUACAAUUAGACAAAAUUUUGGCUGAUAUUGCCAAUGAAGUUGCUUUGCAUCCGAAUAAUCAGGACGCCACCAAGAAAGAAAUCGAUGACGCUUGGGCAAGAGUGGGAAAAAACAGCAACUUAUCGGUUCAUGAAUCUCGAUCAAUAUUUAAAGUUCUGCAAAAGAAAUAUGACCAAGAAAAGGUGAAAGAUUCCUCUGCAUGGAAGCUUUUUGCUAUUAUGGAUAAAAUUCACAAGACGGUUGAUGUUAAGCCCGAAAGCAAAGACGAGGAAUCUGGUGCCCCUAUGGAAGAGGAUGAGGAAUACGAGAUGUUAGAAGUGCAGGAAGAAGAAGAUGGAACUGCCGGACAUAAUCAAACGGGUGAGUCCGGUUCUGAGGGAGAGAGUCCCAACAAAUCAAAUAAAUAUGCUGGAUCACCAGAUAAACCGGAGGAAAAACCAGUAGCCAAACCUAUGACUCGCACUCAGACCACACCAACUAGCGGGGGUGAAAACAAGCCAUCUGCAGCCAAACUGCUUAACUCUAUGGCAGGAACCGGCGCAACCAAACCACUUAAUGCUACAGCACAACAAUCUAAUUCGGCAACAGCUGCAGCUCUACAAAAGAAAGGAAUCACAAUGAAGAAAACGAGCGCUUCGUCUUUAUCGGCAAACCAAAAUACAAGAUCCGUAAUGAAAAAUAAUCAAGGACGCAUACCGGCCAAUGCUGGCGCCAUGCAUGGCUUGGAGGUGGGCAAAACUAUACAAUUGCCAGAAUCUUUGAAGCGGAAGCUAUCUACAGAUAUGCCAUCCACCCCCCAAAAUAAACGUUUAAAUCAACAGAAUACUCCCCAGUCUACAAAAGCUUCGCCCACAUCGUCUGCUCAGAAAUCUAUAUCACCACAAAGGCAACAACAACAGCAACAUACCACUACAGCUCAACUUUUGCAAUUGAAACAAGAGUGUCAAGAGCAACGACAGGCUGCAAAUGCGAAUAAUUCAGGAUCAACCCCUCCUGGAAUAAAUCUUAUUACCAUACCAGCAAAUCCAACAGGUCUUGUAAACGGAAUGAUCAACACUAGCGCCGGCGGUGGCCCAUCUUCAUCAACUGCAGCCACAGUGGCUUCGACAACAUCCACAAACGGCUUCUCCCCACGUAUUGAAGAGAUUGACUUUCGCAAUGAUAUUAUAUUUGAAUCGAAUAAUACAGUCAACGGCGCGACAAUCACUGGUAAAGUGACCAAUACAUCAGAAAUCAUUAAUUUGGGUAAUUUUGACAAUUCAUUGCCACCCACAUUCUUUAAGAAUCUUUGCAACUCCUCGCGUCACGAGGCUUUGGGCCUUUAUGUGGCUAAUGUAAUGAAUCGCUUGCGCCCUCGCUCGGCCGCCAAAUUAGAGGUGGCUAUAUUAAGGGCCAUUUUAGAUACACAAAGCGAUGAAUUGGAACAGUAGUUUUACAUUUGUAAGUACAAUAGUUGGGUAUGUUUAGCAUUAACAAAAUGCACUAUCGGUUUUUUAUAUUCAUAACUUUCUUUGCGACAUUUGUGCUUGUUUCUUUUCUAUAUUUUCCCCCACAUGAGUUUAUUUUUUGUGAAUGUUCAAUUUUAAUUGUUCUAUAACUAUACAAGUAGAUUGUCACCUAUGCAAAAGUAUUUUUAUUAAUUAAUCCUCGUGUUUAGUUGUUAAGCGGAACAUUUUUAAAAAU